UGGAUUAAGUUACAACAAUGAGGCAAAGAAAAACAGACAGCCGUCGACAGACGAAAUCCCAGGAACCCAAAAUCCAGACAACAACGCCCUUUCUUUCAUAUCUCGAAUCGAAUCUCUAGAUUUCCUCAAUUGCAAUCUUCGAUGUAACCCAUAACUCUAUCAUACGCCACCUCCCCUAAUUUAUUUGAUACCCCCACCCCCACCAACCGGGGAGAAAUCGGCGGUCAAUUUCAGGUCGAUGAGACGCUACUGGGUGAUUCCGGCGGGUAUAUUACUGUUAUUUUUCAGCUUUACGGUCUUGGCCAGUGAGUUAUUUAGCUUGCCCAGUGGUUCAAUUGACGGAAUUUCUGAUGGGGUUAUGCUAGCUCCGGCGAGGAGGAAUUUGCUGUCGGAAUUAAAGAAACCUGAGACAGCUCUGUUUGCUGAAUUGGAUGGUACAGUUUCUUUGAGGGAGCAAAAUAGCUUAAAUACUAUGAAACCACCACUCUGGUCAUUUAGAUCUGGGUCAUCAAUCUACUCUUCUUAUCAGGCUCCUGUUAAUUACAAUAGCGGCAAGGAGGCAUCAUCUGAUAUAGGAAGUGGUUAUUUUAUCGACUGUGGCCGUGGGGAUGAUUGGGAGUUGUAUGCACACAACAGGCUUGGUAAAUUGAAACUUAUGAAGAGUAUUGAUGAGUAUAUUAGUUCAACUCCACAAAUAGCUGAGGAUGGCGGAAUUGUUCUGGGAUCUAAAAGAACUACUGCAUUUCUUGUUGAUGCUAAGACUGGACGCCUGAUUUACACAUAUAGUAUGCCUAGCUCUCCAGCAACUCAGGACAACAACACUACUUUUCAUCAUAAUGGCACCAUUGAGGAAGAGAGUCUGCCCAGCUACACGCUUUACAUCACCAGGACAGACUAUGCAUUAACGUCCUUUAUUCCAAACUCAGACAAAGUGUUGUGGAACAUGACGGUUGCUGAAAUAGGGGCUGCUGCUCUUUGCAAAGUUGAUGAUGCAUUUAGUGGGGAUAUUAUGGAGUCUGACAAAUCUGAACCUGAUGUGCAUUUCAAUAUGCCAUUGCCAUGUCAGUCAAGGGCCCUUAUCUACAGACGCCGAGGUCAUGAUAACAAUAUGCUCCCAGAGGCUGAUAGUCAGGGUAUGCUGCCAAUUCCUACUUCACAACCAAAUGUUGAUAAUGCAGCUACUCCUGUGCCCGACAAGAAUGUAGACACCUUCCACUUAGAAAAUAUUACUAUUAAAAAAACUAUGUUUGGCAUAUUGGUGGUGUUCAUAAUUUUAUUCACCAUAAACAAAAUUUUACAAGAUGCUAAAAGUCCUUUCAAAGAAGGAAUAAUGAAGUGCUCUGAAAGAUUGAGCAUGCCGAUUCGCAGUAUUUUAGCUACUCUUGUGGGAGUUUUUACACAUAGUCGUGAUUUAGUGUCUGAGCUCAAUUUGGAUAGACAGCUUGGGAACCCACAUUCACCAAAUGUACCUUCAAAAAGGAAGAAGUCUCGGAAGUCUGGAAAGAAUGGGAGCAAUGGCAUUAAAAGUGAUAAAGACACCUCAUCUGGUAUUGGACUUAAAUAUGCAGACGUGGAUGCUGAUAAUAAACUGUUGUUGAACUUUCUUCAACCAAGUAUAUGUACCAAAGGUGGACGCUCUAUUGGUAAAUUGUUUGUCUCCAGUACAGAGAUUGCUAAAGGGAGCAAUGGUACAGUUGUAUUUGAAGGAAUUUAUGAAGGUCGUGCAGUUGCUGUGAAAAGGCUUGUCAGGGCACAUCAUGAUAUUGCCUUCAAAGAGAUACAGAAUCUUAUUGCGUCUGAUCGACAUCCAAAUAUCGUUCGGUGGUAUGGUGUGGAACAAGACCAAGAUUUUGUUUAUCUUGCGUUGGAACGCUGCAUUUGCAGCUUGAGUGACCUUAUUCAGAUUUAUGCUGACACUUCAGAAAAUGCAUAUCCUAACCAGAACAUGGAUGGAGAAUCUUCGAAGCAUAGACUUUAUCUGGACAAUUUGAAGGGUAUUAUUCUGGAUACUGACUUGAUGAAUGAAAAUGGUUGUCCUUCACCUCUGUUGCUCAAAUUGAUGAGGGAUGUGGUUUCUGGUCUUGUUCAUCUUCAUGAUCUGGGGAUCAUUCAUCGAGACCUGAAGCCCCAAAAUGUUCUGAUAACUAAGGAAAAAUUCUUAUGUGCUAAGCUUUCUGAUAUGGGAAUCAGCAAGCGCCUCAUUGGAGAUAUGUCUUCAUUGGGUCAUCACCCAACAGGUUAUGGAAGUUCGGGAUGGCAAGCUCCUGAACAACUUCUUCAUGGACGUCAAACACGUGCUAUUGAUAUGUUCAGUCUGGGGUCUGUUCUGUUUUUCUGCAUGACUGGUGGUCGUCAUCCCUUUGGAAGUCCUCUUGAGCGUGACAUUAACAUUACAAAGAAUAAAGUGGAUCUUUUCUUGUCGGAACACAUCCCUGAAGCUGUGGAUCUCUUUUCUCGUUUGUUAGAUCCCAAUGCUGAACUGAGACCAAAGGCAGUGAAGGUGCUUGCUCAUCCUUUCUUUUGGACUGCUGAGCUGCGACUGUCAUUUCUUCGUGACUCAAGCGACAGGGUGGAACUUGAAGAUAGGGAGACUUCUUCUGAUCUUCUGAAAGCAUUAGAAGGUACAGCGCCUGUGGCUUUGGGUGGAAAAUGGGAUGAGAAGAUGGAGCCUCCUUUCAUAAAAAAUAUUGGCCAUUACAGGCGAUAUAGAUUUGACAGUAUUCGUGAUUUGCUGCGUGUGAUGCGGAACAAGCUAAAUCAUUAUAGAGAGCUUCCCACCGAAAUUCAGGAAAUUUUAGGAACUGUUCCAGAAGGAUUUGAUGGCUAUUUUAGGAGGCGGUUUCCACAACUACUAAUUGAAGUGUAUAAAGUGAUGUCAGAAUACUGUAAAGAUGAGGCCUGUUUUCAGAAGUACUUCACAAGCAGUGUACUUUAGGCUCCUCCAGAUAGCAGCUGAAUCUUGUUCCAUUCUUACAUUAUAUGCAUGAUGUAACAUGUAUUGUAUAUUGUAAUCUACACCAUGUAAAUAUGCCUGUGCCGGGCAGGUACCAGAAAGCUGUACGGACACCACUAUUGUUGGAAACAAAAAUAAUGUAAAUAUGAAAUCAAAUUGUGUAAUCUUAUUAAGGUAUGUUUACCAACAUUUCUCUCUUUUAUUUUAAAUGCUCAAAU